ACACCGGAGAAGAAAGCAAAAUUAUGGCUUCUUCAACUUGCAACCGCCUGAUCGGCAGAACCUCCCUCUCAACCCUCAAAUCAACCAUCAAACAAAACCUCCGUGCCUCCGUUCUCGACGGCUCUGCGACGAAAUAUAAUGAAAUUACAAUUUAGUAGUACACAAGUGCUCCACUCUCUCAGGCCACUCUCUUCAACCUCCACCAAAAAACACAAAUGGAACUCUACCACCAACGUUAUAAUCACCAACCCAACUCUACAAAUCAUGGAAUCGUGCGCAAACAUGCUCCAAUUGAAGCAAAUUCAAGCCCACAUGACCGUUACUGCCCUCAUUACUCACACAUUCCCUGUGAGCCGGGUCUUAGCCUUUUGCGCUCUAGCUGACACCGGUGACAUUGAUUAUGCCCGUGUGCUUUUUUCUCAGAUUGAAAACCCCAAUACUUAUAUAUGGAACACAAUGAUCAGAGGCUACUGUAAAGCUAAAGUUCCCACUAUGGGGUUCUUGUUUUUUCGUCGAAUGGUUAGAGAACGCGUCCAAAUGGACCGCCGGAGCUUUGUUUUUGCGCUCAAGGCGUGCGAGCAGUUUUGUACAGUUUUAGACGGGGAAUCAGUUCACUGCUGUAUUUGGAAGAUGGGUUUUGAUUCGGACUUGGUAGUGCGAAAUGGGUUGGUUCAUUUUUAUGCUACUCGUCGGUGUUUGAAACUUGCGCGUAAAAUGUUCGAUGAAACUUCUCUGAAAGAUGUUGUUACUUGGACCUCGAUGAUUGAUGGGUAUACGGUGCAUAAUUGUACGGAUGAGGCUUUGCAAUUAUUUAAUUUGAUGCUAUUGAGUGAUGUUGAGCCAAAUGAGGUUACUAUGAUUGCGGUUCUUUCAGCGUGCUCACUGAAAGGGGACUUAAGUAUGGGGAAGAGUAUCCAUGAAUAUAUACAAAAGAAGAAUUUGAAUUCGAGCCUGAAUUUGCAAAACGCUAUGUUGGAUAUGUAUGUAAAAUGUGGUAGCCUGGUUGCUGCUAGAGAGAUUUUUGACAACAUGAUAAAUAGGGAUGUGUUUUCAUGGACUAGCAUGGUUAAUGGGUACGCAAAGUUUGGCAAACUGGAUUUGGCAAGGAAGUUUUUUGAUGACAUGCCAGAAAGAAAUGUGAUUUCUUGGAGUGCAAUGAUUGCAGGUUAUUCUCAGAAUAAUCAACCAAAGGAAGCUUUGAAAUUAUUUCUUGAUAUGGUAGAGGCAGGUUUGGUUGCAAUAGAGAACACUUUGGUGUGUGUGCUUUCUGCUUGUAGUCAACUUGGUUCUUUGGAUUUGGGUCAAUGGAUUCACCACUACUACAUCAAUCAAAAGCGGAUUCAACUUAGUUUGAUUCUAGCAAAUGCAUUUAUUGACAUGUAUGCAAAAUGUGGGAGAAUUGAUGCGGCUGCAAUGAUCUUCAAUGAAAUGUUGGAGAGAGAUUUGGUUUCUUGGAAUUCCAUGAUUGUUGGAUAUGCUUCUCAUGGACAUGCGACCAAAGCCCUUUCCCUUUUCGAGAAGAUGAUCAGUUUGCGAUUUACGCCCGAUGAAAUCACAUUUGUGGGUCUGUUGUCAGCUUGCAGUCAUGGUGGUUUAGUUUCUGAAGGUCGAGAAUAUUUUGAAAGCAUGGAAAGAAAUUUUGGGAUAGAGCCAAAGGUUGAACAUUAUGCUUGCAUGAUUGAUUUAUUUGGUCGGGUGGGGCUACUAGAAGAAGCUUAUGAGUUAAUAGCAAAAAUGCCAAUGAAAGCAAGCAUAGCAGCAUGGGGUGCUCUUCUUAAUGCUUGUAGAAUGCAUGGGAAUGUUGAGAUGGCAAAGCUUUCUGCCUUUAAGCUUUUGGAGUUGGAUCCCGAAGACAGCGGGAUUUAUUCAUUGCUUGCAAAUAUUUGUGCUCAUGAGAGAAGAUGGGGUGAUGUGAAGAUGAUCAGAAGCAUGAUGAGAGAGAGGGGUGUGAAGAAGACUCCUGGGCGUAGCCUGAUAGAGAUAGAGGGAGACUUUUGUGAAUUUUUGGUUGCUGAUAAAUCACACCCUCAAUCCGAAGAGAUUUAUCGAGUAUCAAACGAAAUGUUUUUGCUGUCCAAACUGGAAGAUUUUGUGCCAAAUACUUCCCAAUUCAUCAACUUUCAUGUAUAUUGUGAUGUUCUCUUAACAACUUGAGAUACAAAGUCUUUGGGAAUUGGGAGGGAGAAUUUUUUGGUGGUGGAAGGACUUCCCGCUUUUGUUCGGGGAUUGCAUACAAUGAAAUAUCUAAUGUUGAAAUUGAUUUUCA